AUGGGUCUCGUCAGCAUUAGCAAUCAAGCUCCAAGAGGGGAGGCAGAGAAGAUUCCCAAGGAUGUCUUGAGUGCUAUUGCACACAUUAAGAAACUUAGUGAUAACAACUGGCACACCUGGGAGCCCACCUUUAUCGACUGUCUGCAACAGGUGCAUAAUGCAAAGGAGAUCUUAUACAGCAAAAUAGCACCUGGAAGCAAGGGAUAUGAUGAGGACCUGGACAAGGUGCUGGUAGGUCUUAUCCAUGCUUGCUGUGAUCACAGCCUGGAAAGCUGCAUCGACACAUACACCAUCAGGGGUGUGGAUGAGGAGGCCCAACUUGGAAGUAUGCUUUAUGCUAAGCUUAGGAAGGCACUAACAUUGAAUGACAUGGUGAAGCAAGCAGGCCUGCAGGACUGCAUCCACACCGUAUGCCUGUACAAUCGGGAUGUUGUCAGACUAGGCAAGGAACUUGACUCCAUUUGGAAUGAUGCUGCACAUCUUGGGAAGCGCCUUGAUGAGGACCUAAAGAAAUCCAUGCUCUACUGUUGCAUGGCACAAGAUUGGUUCUAUGCCAACUCUGUUGAUGCACUCAAGAUGGCCAAACCAGACUGUAAGUAUGAUGAAGCCUACCAUGCACUUGCCAAGAAACAGCAGGAUGGUGAGAUUUCAGGUCAUAUCAGAGGAGCAGCCAGGGUUGCUACAAGCACAGAGCAAGGGGGUACCAGUCAGGUGGAGCAGGGGCCCAGGGGCAGCAAGGACAGUCAGAUCAGUAUGGCAGGGGAUGAAAAGCUUCAGAACAAUGGUACCCAAGUGCAAUUCAGGAAGAACAGGAGACAAGGCUGCUUCGACGUGCGAGGACAAGCACUGGCUUUGGAGCUGGAGGAGACAACCAACAAUGUCCCAGAGGACAACCAGAACACAGGAAACCAAGACAACAACUCAAAGGAAGACAAAGAUAGCUACCUCUGGCAUGAGAGGUUUGGACACCCAGGACGAGAUAAGACAAGGCAAAUCUGGGCACACUACCUCAGCACUGAUGAGAGAAUGGAGCAUGAAUCAAAGCACUGCAACACAUGCAAUCUUAAGGGCCAUGCCAACUACCACUAUGCACUAGUUGCUGUGGACAACUUCUCCUCCCUGAUCUACAUGGAACCACUCUGCACUAAGAGUGCUGCACUCCCAGCACUGAGAAGGUGGAUCACCAGGAUGGAACAAGCAACAGACAGGAAACUCAAAACACUCUGCAGUGACAAUGGAGGAGAGUGGUGCAGCUUAGGAGCUGAAGACUGGCAAACUCAAGAGGGUUUCAAGUGGCAAAAGAGCAUCCCGGGGAUCACCACCAAGACCAUCCCCCAUGAGGCCUUUUAUGGAACCACCACACACAAGCUGGCCCAGCAGCUGCAAGUCUUCGGAUGCUUGGCAUGGGUCCAUGUUCAAUGGAAGGACCAGCAGGGCAAGUAUGGGGCUAGAGCAAAGCCAGCCAUCAUGAUUGGAUAUGAUGAUGAGCACAAAGCAUGGAAGUUUUGCAACCCAGACCAGCCUGCAUCAAUUCAAUGGAGCAACUCAGCAACGUUCCAUGAGGACAAAGGAUGGAGUGAUCACCAACAGGAGGCAGUCUGGCCCAUGGUGACCAUGGAGGUUGAGGAGGAGGGUGCCACACCAGCCAUAGUGGAGGAGGAAACCAGAUCAGAAGCCACAGUGGAGGAUCUCCUACCAGCUGUAGACAGCACAGUAGGCACCACCAACACAGCAGUACUGAACCUGGACCCAACACUUGGGGAAGCAAUGAAUGGUGAGGAUGCCCAGCUCUGGAAGGAGGCAAUAUGA